GUACGCGACUGGAAGCGCACCCGUUAACUUCGGUGCCAUGUCGCUCCCAGGUGUAAACGACGACGAGUGACCUCGCUGCACUCAACACGUAAUCCGCGCGAGUCGUAAUUCGUUCCGUAGUGCGUGCAGGUGUUGUUAUCGGGUUGAUCGUUUCGUUGAUCUCCCAAUAAUCAUUGAUUCGUGUGUGGCCGGGGGAGUUUUUAACGCGUUGAAAAGUGUUGGGGAAAAAGGCUGCGGGCACCAGGAGCGUUCGCCGUAUAAUUCGAUCACUGAGUCAUCAUUUUGUUCGGUCAUUGUGCAGGUAUACGUGUGGUGGCGCGGGUGUUCGUGCAGGGACAGGUGUGUUGGAAUAUCAAAACCUGCGAGUUCGUUGCGACGACGGAGGUUGAAGAUCGAAGGGAAGGAGAAAAAAAAAAAAAAAAUAAGUAAAUAAUAGAAAAAAAAAAUUCCGUCCGUCUCGCAGAAGUCGACGGCGCAUCGUACCUGGUGGGUAACGCGCGAGUGCAGGUUACAUGGUUCGGUUGUACACGUUCUGUUCUCCGUCGGGUGCAGUAUAUAAUUGCAGCCCGCUCGUUCCGUUCUAAUUUAGGUGCCCUUAUAAUGAAACGGUCCAGUGUGAAACGGCAACGCUACGUCGCGUAUUGAUAAACGACCGUUUGCGGAGUGUGAUGAUAAAACGACGACGACGAUAACGAUACCCGUUGGAUAGUGUUCGUGUCCCACGGUACGCCCCUUUCGUUAUUAUAAUUCCACAAGUGCUGAUCCGAUAAAAUUCCAUUGCGUUGCGACCGGUUGCCGAACGCAACCGCCACUCGACGCUCGAGGAACGCGCGCGUUAACUACGCGACUUUUAACCCCCUCGAAUAAGCUCCGUCGCUUGGGCGCUGUAACGCUGAAAAACAGCUGAAAUUGAACAGCGGCGUAACGGCGCCGGAGCGCGAAGGGAAACGCGUGGACGAUGACCUGGUGAUUCCGCUGCAGCGUGGGCCGGCUAUUAUGCGGGAGUUGCGGGCCGGAAACCACCAAGGAGCCUCGAGCCUGCAGCAGUUCGAGCAGCAAAAUUAUCGCCACUGAACAGCUGAACAAUAAGAUGGAGGAAGGUCAGCUGUUGCUCACGGAACUACCGGCUCUACCGCCGUUGAGGGGAUCCACCGUUCUCCACAGGCCCCAAUACUACCCCCUUCAUCAACCCCACCUGGCACUGCCGACUCACAACAGCCAGAGCAUACAGCACACCCCCUCGAACCCCCCUCAGUACGGGACCGGCGCCACGAAUCUUACGACGAACCAUCAGGGGAUACCCAGACAACUUCCCCCCGUGCCCAGAGGGACAUCGGCGGCCAGUACCCACGUGUCCAGUUUGUACCCCGAAAUAUUGGCGCUCAUAUUCAGCUACCUCGACGUAAGGGACAAGGGAAGAGCGGCGCAGGUUUGCGCGGCGUGGAGGGACGCGGCGUAUCACCGAUCGGUGUGGAGAGGCGUCGAGGCGAGGUUGCACCUCAGAAGAUCGUCACCGGCGUUGUUCGCCAGCCUCGUGAGACGCGGUGUAAAGAGGGUGCAGGUCCUCUCCCUGAGGAGAUCGUUGCGCGACGUCGUUCAGGGGGUGCCGAACCUCGAGUCCCUCAAUCUGUCGGGGUGCUACAACGUGACGGACGUCGGUCUGGCGCACGCCAUGAUCCACGAACUCCCGUCGUUGACGGAGCUCAACUUGUCACUGUGCAAGCAGGUGACGGACGCCUCCUUGGGAAGGAUCGCCCAGUACCUGAAAAAUCUGGAGGUCCUCGAGCUCGGGGGAUGCUGCAACGUUACCAACACCGGCCUACUGCUGAUCGCCUGGGGUCUCAAGAAACUCAAGAAGUUGGACCUGAGGAGUUGUUGGCACGUGAUGGACCAGGGUAUCGCCCACCUCGCCGGCCUGAACCGCGACACGGCCGGCGGCAAUCUCGCCCUCGAACACCUCGGCCUGCAGGAUUGCCAGAGACUCAGCGACGAGGCGUUGAGGCACGUCUCCGUCGGACUGACGACCCUCAAGUCCAUAAACCUGUCCUUCUGCGUUUCCAUAACGGACUCGGGGCUGAAACAUCUAGCGAAAAUGCCCAGUCUGAGGGAGCUAAACCUGAGGUCGUGCGACAACAUAACCGACAUCGGUAUGGCCUACCUUGCCGAGGGUAGCAGCCGAAUCUCCUCCCUCGACGUGUCGUUCUGCGACAAAAUCGGCGAUCAGGCGCUAGUCCACGUGUCCCAGGGUUUGUUCAACCUUAGGUCGCUGUCGUUGUCCGCCUGCCAGGUCAGCGACGACGGUAUUUGCAAGAUCGCAAAAACCCUCCACGAACUCGAAACCCUAAACGUUGGCCAGUGCAGCCGUCUAACGGACAAGGGACUCACGACGAUAGCGGACAGCAUGAAACAUCUGAAAUGCAUCGAUCUCUACGGGUGCACGAGCAUAACGAAGACCGGAUUAGAAAGGAUUAUGGAAUUGCCACAGCUAAGUAUACUGAACCUUGGACUGUGGCAUCUGCGGUGAUGGCAUUCAAGAGACGAGGAGAAGACGGAGCUCUAUAGGAGAUCUACUCAAGUGUCCGGAGGGAACAUUUAUUCUAUAUAAAGAUAAUUCGUUGAUGAUCAGCCAUCACCUCGACUCGCCUCGUGAUUAUUAAUAUUAAUAUUUUUAUUAUCAACUAUUACCUAUUGUCAUUAUCAUUAUUACUGUUAAAACCGCCGCAUGCCCUCAACGAUUCAAUGUCAGUUCCAACGCGCGAACGUAUCAUCCGCCGCCGCCGAUCUAAACGCGAUCGACGGAUGUUCCAAAAACUUCCCCCCCCCCCCCCCCAAAAAAAAAAAUUGUCGGUUCACAACCAACUUCUUCUACUCUAGACGAAUUCCGUUCCGAUUCUAACGGCAGACAGCCUUGCGAACGUCCAUCGCUUCCGCAAAUGCGAAAAUAACGUUGAAAACAAUGAAAUUUGCAAAACCGGAGAACACCGAUUCAACUCCCACUCGCAGCGUCAAUCUCCCAUAGCCGUACCAGUCGCACAUCCACCUUCUCACGUACCCAUCAUGAUACGCCGGUUCUCCAUCUCGGAUGGCGUUCGAUGUUUAUGAAUGUAUACUAUACUCGAAGAUCGUACGUCAUACGUAGGAUGGUUGCGGGCUUACGUGUGGUACGUACGAAAUAUACGCCGAGAAGGGGCACGCUUCAAUAUAGUCGUGGUAUAGCUGGGUAGGGUUUUUUUUUCAUGUGUGCACCGUGCAUGGGCGGACAAUACUCUCGCCUCCUUUUAUACGUAUUCGCCUCGUUCGCCUCGCGGUGGGCAACGACUACGCACACAUCCGCGUAUCCCGUCCGCUUAUACCUACCGGUCCACCUACCUGUGCCCACCUUACCGGCUCUACGUGUAGCCGCGGUGAAACUCGGGGGCCCAGCGAUAUUGCGAAAUCGAUUGAAAACGUGCGCGAUUUACCGCGACUCUCUGUCCACAUCCAAGAUUUUCGCCCUUGCGAACCGCAGCCUUGGCGUUGCAGCCCGGCGACCGCGCUUUUGCUCACCGAUUUCGCGAAAAUUUUUAAGUUUCCAGUCCGGUCGCCCGUCGCACUUUCCGGAAUUUAAUAAGGUACGGGGGUCGGGUACGACGCGACGAGGGUGAGGGACGGAAGGGAUAAUCGGCUCCAUCGCUCUCAUCCGCCCGUUUCGCUUUUGCGAACGGUGAACCUUGCAGCGUUCCGGCUUUCUUGGGGAGGCCUAGGGAUUGUCCCACAAUAUAAUUUCCAGUGAAAAGAAUUCCUCGAAUUCUGCCCACUUUGUUGGGCCAUUACAUAGGUAUAUACACUACGGCGGGGCCCUAUUUUCCAAAUUUCAUAUUUACCGUUCCUCCGGUAAUCCCGGGCCCCUCGGCUGACCCGCAUUGUGUCGAUUUUCCGGCAUCGGUGCAGCGGCCCAAAAGUUACGCUUCCCCCAGAAAAACCGAAUAUCGUUCCUACCGAGGUACCCGGGUCAGAACGUUGAUUAAUUUCUCUCUUCAAAAUUACACACAGUAUACAUAAAAUUGCCCUUUCCGGCCCUUUUGCCCUGUAGAUGGUGAUGAGUAGCGAACGAAAAAAAAAAAAUGCGAAUAGAAUGAGCGAAGAAGCAGAAAAAAGAGCGACACUCUUGGCAAAUAGAGCAAUAAAUCGGCGAACGCGAGAAUAGCGAUAGAUUUUCGUGAAAACGGGGCUGUUUUUUCACGUCGGUAUUGCGUUAUAGUGCGAGCGCGAGGCAACGGGGUCGGUUACAGUAGUGACGGCUACGUAGCGUAAACUGCACGAUUGCAAACAAAGAAACGAAGACAAGUACAAACAAACUACAAGUUGUGGCAACAAGUAUAUACUUACUGGCGAGUUUCUUGUCGGAAGCCAGAAAUAAUGAUAACAACAAACGCGAACGUGAUAUCGAAUCGCGCUGGACCCGGUGGAAAAGCGGAGUAAAAAAAAAAAAAGAAAAAGAGAAAAA